AUGCAGACAAACAAACGACUUUUUGAGAACACACCGCCGAAGCGUGCCCCAUGCGUGACGGGCCGCUCUUCAGUAUAUCCAUACAAGGCACAGCGUUUUGUCGCGACGGAACUUCCAGCAAGACGCCCUAGGAGAAGUAAUAAGAGGUGUGAGGCCAUUGGCAAAGCUGCUGCAUCAGCUGAGCGGGUCAAGGAUAGCAAACCUUGUGUGGAGGAAAAUCUUUUUCCCCGUGAGUAUAUUAAUGAUGUUGCAGCCUGGUUAUCUGGCGACGCGCUCUUUGUGCAGGUCGAGACAUUGGCAGCAAGGGCGAGUGACUUGCGUGCCCGAGUGGCGCCAUUGCCGGAUGACCCUCAACUGUUUGCAUCUAUGCCACCCGGGGGCAUUGCUAUGAAGCAACACAAACUACAGGGUGACAAGGUGACCUCGCCUCCGAACGUGUUCUCUUUUGACGAAGAGACGUACGCGCGUAGGAUCCUUGGCAGAAAAAGGGUGGUGGAGACGAGGAAUAGUGCACUGGACGUGGAGUCAACGUUGUGCGAUUCGGUCGUUGAAUGCGCCGUAACGCAAAGGACACAAGAGAUGCGGGUGGAAACAUCUCCUACCGCCGCGCCAAUGAUGUCACUACAGCAAAUUGCUUAUGGGACAGAAACUUCAGCGGGUCGCCAAGAGAAUUCUGGGUCGCCGAUUGUUGUAGAAAUUAAGGAGGAACUGGCUAAAGAGAUGCCGAACCUGCAGCCAUCAUCGUCGUCACCAUCAUCCGUGAUACGGAAUGGUGUGUCGGUCUCUGGUGACACAGGGCUCGAGAGUUCCGUUGGAGACGGAGCUGUUUCGCUGCGAGACGCGUCACCAUCGCGACUUGGAGCGGGAGGCAUCCAUCCCUCGUGCACGACGGACCUUUAUCACGUUGUACACAUGCCCCGUGCCCAUUACAUCUUGCAGAAUGUGAAUUUUUCCUCUUGGUAG